GUAGGGUAGACGUCUGAGGAAGUGCAAAAGAAGAAAAGUAAAAAGCUAGCAAAAAGUACCACUAGCCCACUUCCUUAUUUGUCGCGUUCCUCUCACCACAAAACUACUGCAGUGGGCAGAGGAUGAUAUGUUUUCUUCAUGCUCGCUCUUGCCUGUCUGAGGAGCCUGUCACGGCUUAUCAGCUGUUGAAACCAAAGUUCAUAUGUUGUUAUCAAUGGCAAGUUGUGUCACAGACACAUGAUGGCCGGGAAAUGGGAUUGAAGCAAGAACAAGAGCAAUUUCCGUAAAAGAAGGAAUGGAAGCAGCCAGAUGUGGUGAGAGAAAGUCCGGACGGUGAAGUCCAUGAAGCUAGAUUUCCCCACUAACCUGAGGUCCUCGCUCGCUUCUGAUCUGCCUUUGAGUUCUGCUGGUGAGCUAAAAUUCCUUCAGUUUGCUGUGGACAUUCAGCCGAGGAUGUCAGAAACAUCAAGCCUGUAAUUCCUCCAGAUACAGAGAGACUCAUCAUUCUGUAUGAUCAUGAAUGGCGCCGGCCUUCCCAUCUCUGACAGUUCCUGGGGCCUGGAGGCUCAAGUAGGAAUGCUGGGAAGAGAACCAUCUAGCAGCAGCAACUGCUAGAAAUGAAAUGAAGAAAUGAUCGCCAGCUUGAGAAUUGUGCACCCUUUCUGGUGCCCUUUCCUUUGAAGGAGAUUGCCUCCAAGCACCCUGAACGGCAGGACUGAGGCCCUCAGAUGCUUCACAGGCAUGUCAUUGGCCAAUGUCACCCAGAGCGUGAUUUGCAAGGACCACAGUGCCAACCACCGGCUGCACCUGAUCGGCUACAGCCUGAUCUUCACCGCAGGUUUGCUGCUCAAUGUGGCCGCUAUCUGGAUUUUCUUGAACUACCUGAAACUCAAGUCAGUGGUGAGCAUCUACAUGCUUAACUUGGCCGCGAGCGAUCUCCUGUUCACCAUUUCUUUGCCCUUCCGUAUUUACUACUAUUCCAUGGAGAAGUGGCCCUUUAGAGAAUUCCUCUGCCAGGUCUCUGGCUCUGUCUUCCAAAUCAACAUGUACGGUAGCUGCCUCUUCCUGAUGUGCAUCAACUUGGACCGCUAUGUGGCGAUUGUCCACCCCCUUCGCUGGCGCCACCUCCGGCGCCCCAGGCUAGCUCGGAUUGUCUGCCUUGUGGUCUGGGUGCUUAUCCUGGUGGGCUCUAUUCCCGUGGCUUAUGUCCACAAAUCCACUUCCUGUGUCAAAGACAAGACGACCAUCACUGUUUGCUUCGAGAACUUCAGCGAGGGCCUGUGGCAGAAAGAACUCCUUCCCUUGAUCAUCCUCGCGGAGAUCCUUGGCUUUCUUCUGCCCCUGACCUCUGUUUCCUACUGCUCGGUCCGAAUUUUCCAGAAACUGUGCCAGGCUGGUGGGAUGCAGAGCCUGCGCCAACGGAAGACCCUUCGCAUGCUAGUGGUCAACCUGGUCAUCUUCAUUAUCUGCUUUGUGCCCUACAACGUCGUUCUGGCAGCGUAUGGGCUGAUAAAAGCCCAGCUGAUUAAGACCGACGUGCAAAUGAAGGAUUCGGUACGGCAGGCCCUGGUCAUCACUGUGAUAUUGGCCAGUAUGAACUGCACUCUGGACCCCCUGAUCUAUUACUUCAACACAGAGGGCUUCCGAAACACUUUAAAUAAACUGAGGAGGGCGCAAGCUUGGGACUCUGAAAUGGGAACACUUCAGAAUCGGGUAACAGAAAGUAAGUCCUACCAGGCAACAAGUGCCAAGCGAGGAUUCCCGGUCCAAACCUUAAUCCUCCCCUACGAGGGCUUGCCAUUUGUUCCCCCUAAGAUAUUUUUGAACAGCCCCAUUGAAGAUUCAGAAAUAUAAGCACAGGUGGGCUCUUCAACUGGUGACAUACUGCAAAAAGUGCUUGCUAGCAAUUUUGAAUGAUAAACAGAGGGGCGGGGGAUGUGAUGAAACAAAACCGUAAAGGGGGUAAAACCUCUUAGAACAUGGAUGUUUGGAGGCUGUUUCAGACCUGUAGGGAGUAUGUUUACAUGACCACGGUAACCUGUUUCUGCACCCUAGGCAUUGUCUUCUUCUUUGGCGAUCACUCGUAGCCAAGUAAGAUUGUCUUCCAUAAACAUGGUU